AUGACAUACGACCGAAGCAAAGUCGUGGGGCGGUCAGUUGUCCCGCGGCAGCAGAAGGAAGCACAGGAGAUGACUAGUCUGAGGGCGGUGUUGCUGGUUGCAGCUGUGGCGUACGGGGCGGAAGCGGCGAGUCUCUGCAGCGGCGUGGGCGGCUGCAAAUCUCGUCAGGAUGCCGUUGACCCGCUGACCAAGGACGACCUGGGCGAGCUCCGCGGAGAGAACCUCGAGGUCGCACCGCCACUUGAGGAACGAGAGAAACUGAGGUCCAGCAGCGCCAUCCACCCCUGGCCCGGCGCGCAGGUCCCGUAUGCCGUGUGGGGCGCCCAGGCCACCAAGGACAUGGUCGAGACGGCUCUGAGUUUCCUCGAAGACCACACGUGUGUCAACUUCACGAAGCGAGACGGGGAGGCGAGGUACCUGCUCAUCAAGGAAGGCGACGGCGGAUGCUGGACGUCAAGUCUUGGCUACCCUUCCUCUGACAAAAAGGUGACGAUAAACCUAGGUCCUGGCUGCGUGCACGGUUCUCAAAUCAGGCACGAAGUCAUGCAUGCCUUGGGGUUCCCGCAUGAGCACACCCGCCCAGACCGCGCCGAUUACGUCAGUAUCAAGUGGGCCAAUAUUAAAGAGAGUGCAAAGUCUCAGUACUAUAUGGACGAGAGAUACCCAACCAUGGAGGUGCCGUAUGACCUGCAUUCCAUCAUGCAUUACGGGAAGUUCGACUUCGCUGUGGAUAAGAGUCAGCCCACGAUGGUGCCAGAUCCGUGGGUCGACGGGGGGCUGGGGGGCCACUCGCUCUCCUGGAGGGACAAGAGGAAAGUCAACGUCUUCUACCAGUGUCCCGAUGUCUGAGGCCGACGUCUGUUUCGGGCCACGAAGGAAAUUACUGACGUUUGUUUUCGGAUCGGGGUUCUGGUACCGAUUGCGGGGAAAUCGAGUUUUGUUUUGAUUAUAGCACAGUUUACGUAAUGUAGAAGAAGCUCUGUAUUUGCAAUGUCUAUAUAUUAUUACAUGUCAGCAGGUGGAUG